CCCUCUUUACUUAAACGUGACGAUUCCUUAGUGCUGACGAUUGACUACUACUAAACGACUAACGGACCCGGAUCUCUAUCUGCACGAUUAUCGCUCAUGCCUGGACUACGCGUCCAACGCUACUUUCUGCUCGGCAUUGUCUUCAUUGCGGCGGCUAUAGUACUUGGACUUGCUGCAAAUUUUGCCAACUUGUUCCUGCCGCACAUUCACCGGCCGUAUACGAUAUUUACUCUCGUCGUGCCGUCUGUUACAAUUCUUGUCAGCAUAUUCAUUGCACAACGAUCUACGCUUCUGUAUGAUGCGGUGAUAUUCUUUGUGCUGGAUGUUCUUUGGUUGUCAUUGGCAGCAUGGUCAUCCGACGUUAUUGGACAUGUUGAAUGCUUCUCACUCGGUGGAACGCAGCCGACAAAGACCGGAUCGAUGUCUGCUCAACAGUACUGUUAUGAAAUGAAGUCCAUCAUGGCAUUCUCCUGGUUCAACUUUGGCAUUCUCCUCAUCUCACUGCUUCUGACGUUCAAACUCGCCAGUUCGCUCACCACGAUGGGUAAUCCAGGAGCAUGGUUCGAGGACACAGCCAUUCUUCCUGGCUUCGGUGCAUCAGGUGGAUAUGGCUACGGCGGAUACGGUGGAUACGGAUAUGGUGGAGCCCAAGCGAUGUUCUCUGGGAACGGCCAGAUGCCCUACGUCAUUCAACAGGCACCAGGACACUCGGUGGUGAUUCAGCCUAAUCCAGGAGGAGUCCCGACAGUUUCACAAGUCCCUGGUGCUGUUUCUGCAGUAUGAUGCAAUUCGAUAGACGAUGGACAGAAAAUUUUGUUUUUGAAUACAAGAACGAGGACGUCGGUGGAUCGAAGGUGGAUCUGAUUCGUGGACUUGUUACCCAAGAUUGGCCAUGGCUGAUGAGCAUUCAGAACAAUAAACAUUGAACAAGCUAGACGUUGCCACGCAGGCCUUCUACAUAAAUAUCUAUCCAAAUCGCACUGUAGCUUUGUUAUUCAUCUUGAACAUCUGUCUUGAUU